AUGCCCUACUCAGACGUCAAGGACAUCUCCAUAGCCAUCGAUCGUGGUGGGACUUUCUGUGAUGUGAUUGCCAAAACCCCCAACCGUCCCGAUAUUGUGUUCAAGCUUCUCUCUGUGGACCCCAACAACUACAAGGACGCUCCCACGGAGGGUAUCAGACGGGUGUUGGAGCAGGUCCACGGUGUGACUAUCGCCAAAGACGAGAAGUUGAAGCUCGACUCCAUCCGUAGCAUCAGAAUGGGAACCACAGUGGCAACCAACGCCUUGCUUGAAAGAAAGGGUGCUGCCGUGUUGUUGGUGACCACCAAGGGCUUCAAAGACGUUAUGAUCAUUGGCAACCAGACCAGACCCAACAUCUUCGAUUUGACAGCCAAAAAAUUGGGCCAGUUGUACGAGGAGGUGUUGGAAAUCGACGAAAGAGUGACUAUCGAGAGCUUCUCGGAGGGUGGAGGCGCCAAUUUGGCCAUUGCCGACCCCGAGGACCCUCAGUUAACGCCUGGAGUGACUGGCGAUACCAUCAGGGUGUUGAAAAAGCCUGAUUACGAUCUCGUCAGAAGCCAGUUGCAGCAAAUCUACGACCAGGGCCACAUCAACACCAUUGCUCUCUGCUUGUUGCACUCCUACACGUACCCUGAACACGAGCUGAAGAUCGCUGCCAUUGCCAGAGAAAUCGGGUUCCAGGUGUCGGUAUCCCACCAAUUGCAGCCCAUGAUUGGCAUGGUCAACCGGUGCUCUUCCACCGUGGCUGAUGCCUACCUCUCUCCCAUCAUCCAGAACUACAUCCAGUACUUUGGCUACGGUUUCGAGGGCGGCUUGCCUGCGUUCGGAAACAAGUUGUUGUUCAUGCAAUCCAACGGAGGCUUGUGCCCCUGGUACAAAUUCACAGGCUUGAAGGCCAUCUUGUCAGGUCCUGCUGGUGGUAUGGUGGGCUUUGGCCAGACAUGCUACGAUAAUGUGUCGAAAACCGCCACUAUUGGCUUUGAUGCUGGUGGUACCUCCACAGACGUUUCCAGGUACGCUGGCAGCUUGGAACACAUCUACGAGACUGUGGUCAGCGAGGUGAGUUUGCAAACACCCCAAUUGGACAUAUCCACCGUGGCAGCAGGUGGAGGGUCUAUUCUUUUCUGGAAAAACGGCAUGUUUGUGGUGGGCCCAGAAUCAGCAGGCUCGGAUCCUGGUCCUGCGUGCUACAGAAAAGGUGGUCCCUUAACCGUCACCGAUGCCAACUUGUUCUUGGGCAGAUUGUUGCCAGAAUAUUUCCCUAAAAUAUUUGGUCCAAACCAAGACCAGUCUCUCGACUACGAAAUUGUGGUUGCGAAAUUUCAAGAACUCACCGAGACUAUCAACAAGGAAAAUGGCUCCACCUUUUCCCCAGAAGAAGUCGCAAGCGGGUUUUUGAAGGUUGCCAUCGAGUCGAUGGUUAGACCGAUCAGAAACUUGACUGAAGCAAAGGGCUUCAAUACUGGUGACCACAACUUGGCAUGUUUCGGUGGUUCUGGUGGCCAGUUUUCGGUUGCAUUAUCCAAAAACUUGGGAAUCUCGCAAGUUGCCAUUCACAAGUACUCGUCAUUAUUGUCCGCUUAUGGGAUCUACUUGGCUGACAUUGUCAUCGAAAAGCAGUCACCAGCAUCCUUCAUUUAUUCUCCCGAAACUUUGGGCCGUAUUGAGGAGAAAAUUGAAUCACUUCACGAACAGGCCUAUGAAGACUUUGUUGAACAGAAUUUGACCCACAACGACCACAGAGUUGAGUACUUUUUGAACAUGAGAUACCAGGGCUCCGACACCCACUUGCUUAUUCCUGUUGAGAAAUCACAGACUGAUGCCGACCAAAAGUUUGUGCAAAGGCAUCAAGCUGAGUUUGGCUUCAAGUUGGACAGAAAGGUGUUGGUAGACGACGUCCAGGCUUUAUUGAUUGUCGAAACUCCGGAUAAGCCAGUCCAUAACCCAUUCGAAGAAUACAAAGCUUUGCAAACCUUUGAAGUUGCAAGUGGCCAGUCCAAACCUAUCUACUUUGAAGGAAAGGGCUGGACUGAUUCGUCGAUCCACAAUCUUCCAGAGUUGAAGACCGGGUCCUCCAUCAAAGGUCCUGCCAUUAUCAUAGAUAAUACUCAGACUAUUCUUGUGGAGCCCAACUCUGCUGCUUCCAUUUUGUCCGAUCACAUCUUAAUUUUGGUUGAACAAGAGGAGAAGCCCAGCUUCUCGAAACACGUUGUUGAUCCAAUCCAAUUGUCUGUUUUCGGCCAUAGGUUCAUGUCUAUUGCCGAACAGAUGGGAAGAACUUUACAGCAGACUGCCAUCUCAACUAACAUCAAAGAAAGACUUGAUUUUUCGUGUGCUAUUUUCGAUAGAAAUGGAGAUUUGGUCGCAAAUGCACCACAUGUUCCUAUUCAUUUGGGGGCCAUGUCCUUUGCAGUCAAAGCUCAGAAGGAAAUCUGGGAAGGAAAGUUGGAGCACGGUGAUGUGUUGGUUUCCAACCAUCCUCAAGCAGGUGGUUCCCAUUUGCCCGAUAUUACAGUGAUUACACCCGUCUUAGACGAAAACAAGAACCCAAUUUUCUGGACUGCUUCAAGAGGCCAUCAUGCGGAUAUUGGAUCGAUAUCUGCCGGGUCCAUGCCACCAAACUCCAAGACCAUUUUUGAUGAGGGUGCCUCGAUUAUCACUCACAAGCUCUGCUCUAAGGGCGAAUUUGACGAGGAAGGUAUCACCAGAAUAUUAUUGGAAGAACCUGCAAAGCAUCCUGGAGGCUCUGGAACUAGAACCUUGAGUGACAAUAUUUCUGAUCUCAAGGCCCAAGUCUCGGCAAAUUACAAGGGUAUCACAUUGUUAAAUAACCUCAUUGACGAGUUCAGCUACGAUGUGAUUAGCUUGUACAUGGGAGCAAUUCAAUCCACUGCCGAGGUUGCUGUUCAAAAUUUGUUGAGAAUGGCGUACAGAAAGUUUGGAGGUGAAAAAUUGGAAGCAAUCGACUACUUGGAUGAUGGUACUGCCAUCUCCUUGGCCAUUACUAUCAACAAUGAAGAAGGUACAGCCGAAUUUGACUUUACCGGUUCUGGAGACGAGAUUUACGGCAAUUUGAACGCCCCAAGAGCGAUCUUGUAUUCUGCAGUGUUGUACGUUUUGAGAUCAUUGAUCAGUACGGAUGUACCAUUGAACAACGGUUGUUUGAGACCUAUCAAGUUUCUUACCAGAGAAGGCUCGGUUGUGCAUCCAUCGUAUGAGGCAGCAGUUGUUGGAGGAAACGUGGAGACCACCCAGAGAAUCGUGGAUGUUAUGUUGAAGGCUUUCCAAGCUGCUGCUGCCUCGCAGGGUACCUGUAACAACUUCACGUUUGGUAUUAACGACAAGGAGAACAAUAUUUCUUUUGGAUACUAUGAGACCAUUUGUGGAGGUUCCGGUGCCGGUCCCACCUGGGACGGUCAAUCAGUUGUCCAGUGCCACACCACCAACACCAGAAUUACCGAUACCGAAUUGUUUGAGAAGAGAUACCCUGUAAUUGUUAGAGAAUAUUCUGUUAGAGAGAAUUCUGGAGGUUCUGGUUUCCACAAGGGAGGCAACGGUGUCGUUAGAGAUAUCGAGUUCACCUAUUCAGGUCUUGAAGUUUCCUGUCUUAUGGAGAGAAGAUCGUUGGCUCCUUUUGGCUUGUUAGGCGGAGGUUCUGGUUUGAGAGGAAAGAACUUCUGGUACAGAAGUGCCGAGACAGAAUCUGGCAAGGUGAGAAAAAUCUCUCUUGGAGGUAAGUGCACUGUCAAGGUCAAGAAAGGUGAUAGGGUGGUGAUCAUGACUCCUGGUGGAGGUGGAUUUGGUUCUGGCGAUGUCGAAGACAGCGUGAACUUCCCAAUUUCCAGUAGCAAGCCUACUAUUUUGACGGGAUCUGUGGGAUUAAGAACCAUCACUCAAGAGACUAACUAG